AUGAGCUGUCAGUCCCCAACCCCCCCUAUGGCUGAAUUCGCCGAACCCCCCGACGGGCGGCAUUCCACCGCUUCAACUACGCUCGCCAUGCUCACCCUGACCUCCAUCCUGAGCGUGCUUCUUUUCACGUCCAUCUUCGACUCAACUACCGCGACAUGUCGCUGUUUACCAGGCGAUCCAUGCUGGCCGGCCCCAGCAACCUGGUCGCAGUUCAACGCCUCCAUUUCGGGGCGCCUCAUCGCAACAAUCCCACUAGGCGCGCCCUGCCAUGAUCCCAACUACGAUGCAGCCAGAUGCUCUCAACUUCGCGACGACUGGACCCAUCCUCGACUCCAGUUUGUCCCUGUCCUUCCUCUAUGA